CAAAGAUCUGUAAGAGCAUAUUGGAGAGCACUUCCUCUCUCUAGUAGAGGUCCCUCUCUCUCUAGUAGAAGCUUUUCUCUCUCUUGGGAUAAGAGCCCCUUCGCUCCAUUGGUAGGAGUCUCAGCAGCUGUUCAAACUUUCAAAAUUUCCAAACUUCAAUUCCUACACUCUAGCAAAAGAUAGAAGUUUUAGAAAUAGACCAAAGUGUUUAAUGUAACUCAAAACAUUGACUCUAUGGAUUACGGAAAAUCUGUGCAAUAGAAUGAAAAGGAGAGUAGCAUUUAUGAAGCUGCAAGCCAAGUAAAACUCGAUAGCACCUCUCCUUUCACUGCCUUUGCUACGACGGUUGAGGUAUUGCAUGGUUCCUGCGCUUUUCCUUUUGUGUUUUUUUGUCUGUUUGGGUGACAAAGGUAUCCUUUUCACUCCUUAUAAUACUGCUUACUAUCUAGUUUGUUCAUCUAGGUCUUUUUUCAGCUGAGGUAGGAUGAUGAGCUUUCUCUGGCUCGAUAGUCUGAUCCUUUAGCAUCCCCGUAGAUCGUUCAGUUUCCUCUGGUUUUAGUGUGCUUCUCUUUUAUCUUUCUUUCUAGAGUGAACUUUACCCCUUAGUACCUCAGUUUGUAUCAAUGGAGAUGGAUCUGAAUGAAAUGAUGCAAAAGUUCUUACUAGUUGGGAACAAACUUUCAGGAGCAACUUUGGACUUAGGGGACUUGGAAAGUGGAGUAAGAGAGUGUAAGGACAGUAUAAUAGGGAGAGUCAUGGGAGAAAAGAUUGCCAGUUUCACAAGAGUGAAAAAUUUUGCCACAAUAGCCUAGGGUUAUCCAAAAAAUUUGUCUGUCUUAGAACUUGAACCGAAUCUAUUUCAGUUCAACAUCCCUAACUCAGAUGAUAAGGAGAAGAUAGUGGAAGGAGGCCCUUGGGUAAUAGACAACCAAAUUUUGGUACUAAACAGAUGGAAGGAAGGAAUAGAAGGAAAUUUGGAAGCCUUCAAGAUGGCCACUUUGUGGGUACAGGUUUGGAAUUUACCUGUACAUUGGGUUACUAGAGAAGUAGGCCGUAAGAUAGGGGUAGUCUUCAAACAGGUCAAGGAUGUUAUAAUACCCCAGCUGGGAGGAAAGGAGGGUAGGCAUUUGAAAACGCUUGCCUUAGUAGACUUGUCAAAACCCCUGCUCAGAGGCACCAUAGUGAAGACUGAAGGUACUAUGAAAUGGGUUGCUUUCAAGUAUGAAAGAUGCCCAAACUUCUGUUAUAACUAUGGAAUUGUUGGUCAUGGGGAGAGGACAUGCACCAAUCAGUAAGAAAUAGCAGGGGCAUAUGCAGACAAUUAGUAUGGUCCUUGGUUGAGAGCAGGGAACUUUAAAGGAUCCCCACAGAAAAAGCAAAAAAGAAAUGAUAUGGAUAAAGAUAAACGGUAUUGGAAGUUUGUAAAUGGGGAAUUGAUUGAAAAAACACAACCGAGAAAUCUAUUUGAAAAGAAUCAACAGGAGCUGAAUAGGUCUUUGGAGAGGGAGAAAACUGAUCAUCAAGAACUAGCAAGAGAUCUGAAUGUGAUGAGAAUUGAAGCUGAUCAAGUUCCCCCCCUCAGGGCAUAGUUCACAAGGGUAGCUCUCAAAAACAACAAAAUCCUCUGAAACAAGGUGAAGGAGCACAGGUUGAACAGGUUGAAACAAAAGGUACAGAAGUAGCCAAGACUUUAUUGGUUGAGGAAACUACUAAGAUGGAGAAGGAUAGCACCUUAGAAGCACCUAUUGCAGCUAAGCCUGGAUCAUUAGAGGGAGAACAUGAGAGAGGGUUGCUGAUACAGGAGACUUGUAACAAUAAUGAGAGAGUACAGGAGGUAGUUGGAAAACACUCAAAAAGGUUUGAAUAGAAAGGUGAAUUCUCCCACCAAAACUAGAGACCCUUAAGAGAAUUGAAUAGACAAGUGAGCAAUCAGACAAGUGUAGGAAAGGGGAAAAUAACCCUGAGGGAUGAGGAUAUGGAGUGUGAAGGAGGUGAAAAUCAGAACUAGAAAAAGCAAAAUCUUUUGAGAUGAUAGUGGUCUUAGAACCUAAUCAGGUGGAGGUGGGAUCCUUUCCUAAUAGGGCUCCCCGGGACAAAUGAGACUUAUGGUGUGGAAUUGUCAAUGAGUGGAGAGCCCCUUGACAAUUCCCCACUUGAGGGAGGUGAACAACCUCUUCUCUCUAGAUAUGAUUUUCCUUAGUGAAACCAAAAAUAAGGAGAAAUAUAUGGAUAGAGUUAAAAACUGGCUAAGGUUUGAGAAUAGUGUGGUGAUUGGGGCUAUGAAUAGAUCAAGUGGUAUGUGUCUCCUAUGGAAAGAUGAUGUCAAAGUCUUGACAACACUCCAAACAGCCUUCACCAUAGAAGCUAAGAUAGGGGGUAGGGAUCCUCAGGAUGAGUGGUGAUUUAUAGGAGAGUAUGCAAGCUGUGAUGCUCAAAUCAGAAAAUAGCAAUGGCAAGUGCUGAAUGAUAGGAGAAAGCUAUGGGGGGAGAAAUUUGUGAUAGCAGGAGAAUUUAAUGAUAUAGUGUCAAAUGAAGAGAAAUGGGAGGGUCUUAAGGGAGAGGAAAGGAGCUUUAAGACUUUUAAGAACUUUAUUUUUGAGAAUAGAUUAGUUGAAAUAGGUUUUGAGGGCCACCCUUGGACCUGGAGUAACCACUGGGACAAUGUAGGGGAAGUAAAACAAAGAUUAGACAGAUGCCUGAGCAGUUGUGACUGGGUACAGAAGUUUGAAGGGGUAGUCUGUCAGCACAUAGAGUCCUUUGCCGCUAACCACAGCUUGCUAAUACUGGAUACUGAACCAGAAAAAAGGAAAAAGAAGAAACGUUUUUAUUUUGAUAAGGGAUGAACUCAAAAGGAAGGUAUAUAGCAAGUCAUUGAGAAAGCAUGGAACAAGGAUGAACCAGGAACUAGAAUGUUCAGAGUUACUAGGAAAGUGAAAAACUGCAGAAUUGAAAUCUUGAAGUGCAAAAACACUUUUCAGGCAAAUUCCAAAGUGAGAAUCAAUGACAUUAAGGGUAGAUUAUAGAGUUUGGACAGGUCUAACUUGGAGAACAAAAAAGUGAGAAGGACAGGCUUAUAAAGAGGGGGAAUCCUUUUGGAGUCAAAAAGCUAGACUAAACUGGCUAAGAGAGGGAGAUAAGAACACUAGUUUUUUUCAUGCCUAUGUGAGAGGUAGGAGAAACAGGAACAGGAUCUGUAAUGUUCAAAGAGAAGAUGGUUCUUGGAAAAAAAAAUGAUGAGGAACUAAUUUCUGAGAUUUCCAUGUUCUAUAGGAGCCUGUUUACUAGUAAAGGGGAAGAAGAUAACUCAGAGGUACUGAGGGGUAUUUCUCAGCCUAUUACUGAGGAAAUGAAUUCCAAUUUGACUAAACCAGUUCAUGAGGAGGAAAUCAGGUCUUGUUUUCUCCAUGAAUCCUGAUAAUGCCCCUGGUAUGGAUGGUAUGACUCCAUUGUUUUUCCAAAAAAUCUGGGAAGUGGUUAAAAAUGAUGUGAUUCAGGCUAUACAAGACUUCUUCUUGUUAGGCUGCAUGCUUAAGUCUAUUAAGCACACAAUCAUCUCACUCAUCCCCAAAAUUCUGAACCUAAUAGGCCUGAAAAAUUAUAGACCAAUCAGUCUGUGUAGUGUUUUGUAUAAAAUCAUCUGAAAAUUUUUGGCUAACAGACUGAAACUGGUCCUUGAAAAGUGCAUCAGUAAAAAUCAAUCAGCUUUCAUCACUGAUAGACAAAUCUUAGAUAAUGUGAUCAUUGUUCAGGAAUACAUGCAAUAUCUCAAAAACAAAAGGCAAGGGAAAGAAGGGUAUAUGGCUAUCAAGUUAGACAUGGCUAAAGCUUACGAUAAAGUGGAAUGACACUUUCUUAGAGCCAUAAUGCAAAAAAUGGGUUUCUGUGAUAAAUGGGUAAACUGGAUGCAUGGGUUUCAAGAUGCAUGGAGACUGUCUCAUAUUCUUUCAAUUGCAAUGGAGAAGUCAAAUGAUUUGUGAAACCAGGAAGAGGGAUAAGGCAGGGAGACCUUCUCUCACCAUAUCUAUUUUUUAUUUGCUCUAAAGAUUUCUCAAAUCUGCUCCAAAGAUCAGCAGAAAAUAAGAGAUUGAAAGGAUUGAAGAUCAGUAGACAAGGUCCAAACAUUACUCAUCUUUUUUUUGCGGAUGAUUCCCUCAUAUUUUGUAGAGCUGAUGUGUAGCAAGCUGAGGAACUAAUGAAGAUUCUACACGUUUAUGAACAGGCCUCAGGUCAACUGAUCAACCUAGAGAAAUCAUCUGUGAUUUUUAGCAAGAAUUUGACAUGUAAGCAGAAACAGGAGAUCUACAGUGCUCUAGGAGGCAUGGCAGAAGUGAAGCAAGGGAAAUAUCUUGGUCUCCCUAUGGUUAUUUCAAGAACAAAGGACCAAAUUUUUGGCUACAUAAGAGACAAUAUCAAAAGGAGACUAGAUAGCUGGAAGAAAAAAUUUCUAAGUCCUGCUGGAAAGGAAGUCAUGCUCAAAGCAGUCACAAUGGGCAUGCCAACCUAUGUUAUGUCAUGCUUCAAACUGCCUAGAAAACUCCUCAAGGAUCUCAACUCAGCUAUGUCAAAUUACUGGUAGGGGGAAACUAUUGGCAAAAACAAGAUGCACUGGACCUCUUGGAGGAGAAUGGCUCAGGAGAGAAAGGAAGGAAGUUUGAGAUUCAAGGACCUAGAAGCUUUUAACAAAGCUCUGUUAGGAAAACAGGUUUGGAGAUUAAUCACCAAACCAAAUCUCCUAGUCAACAAAGUAUUGAAAGCCAAGCAUUUCCCAAAGAAAUCAAUUUUCACAUGCAAAACUCAGGGCGGUGCUUCUUGGUUUUGGAAAGGCCUGAUGGAAGUCAAAGGUCUUGUUGAAGAAGGAGUAAUGAGGAGGAUUGGUAAUGGGAGAAGCACUAACAUAUGGAAACAUAAGUGGAUACCAGCUUCUCCAUCUAGUAAGCCUACAACCCCCAGAUCCCAAAACUGUGAGUUUGAAUCAAUACAACAGCUAAUCAACCACAGCAGAUAGAACACAAAUGUGAUCUUUAGACUUUUCAACAAGACUGAUGCAGAAAGGAUCCUUAGUAUUCCAAUUAGUCUAACAGGCAGAGAAGAUUCCAACUACUGGAAACACAGUGAAGGAGGAGAAUACACGGUGAGAUCUGGUUACAAGAGGUUAAUAGAAGAGAGUUCAGGCAUAAACAAAGGAAAGGAGACUGCUGGAACAAGUUUUGAUGCAGGUAGUAAACAAAGCAGGUAAAUUUAGAAUACACUGUAGAAGCUCAACACCAAACACAAAAUUAAGAUGUUCAUCUGGAAGUGUGUCAAUGGAGCUCUACCAGUCAGGGAGGCAAUCUACAGGAAAGCAGCAAUUGGGGAUCCAGUGUGUAAAGGAUGUGGAGAGGAUCCAGAAACAAUAGAACACACACUGUUGCAAUGCCCCCUAGCAAAAGAGGUCUGGGAAGUAGCUCCAAUAACAUGGGAUGGAGCAAAAAAUCAGAUAGGCAGCUUUCAAAGAUGGUGGAGCAGGAUUACAGAGGCUAAAAUAAAGCAAGAGGGUAAAAGCCAUAUCGAUCUCACUGCUAAUAUUCUAUGGCAGAUUUGGAAAGAAAGGAACAAGAGAAAAUUUGAGAACCAAGUCAGCUAUCAACCUUGCAGUGUUAUUCAAAAAGCAUACAAAGAAUGGUUGGAGUUGGAGGAAGUAGCUACUAAGAAAAUUGAUUAGAGCACAGCAGAAACAAUGCCAGAACUGGAUGGGGAAUAUCAUGUACAAGAGGACCAGGAUUUGAUAACUUUGAGAGUGGCAACAACAAGCUUAACAAGGCCUACAUUGCUGGGAAUUGGAGUUGCUGUCAAAAGGAGGACAAAUGGCGCUACAAAUUUUUGGGCAUUAAAAGACAGAAGCUAUGGGAAUAAGAAUAUUGAUGUAGCUUCAGCAGUCAAACUGGUCUUAUGCAAAGCAUUGGAAAGACCAUGGAGCAACAUCAGAAUCCAAAUCCAAAACAAGGACUUGUUGAGGCAAAUCACGAAUGCUCCGCCAUGAAACACCUCCUGGCCACCAUCCGCCGGAGCCACUGCCGCCACGCUGCACCCUUCCUCCAACUGGCCUACUACCAAUCCCUGAAGCCCCAGUCACCCUCAGAACCUGCCACUUCCCUUACUAAAAGCUCCUGGUCAAUUCAUGAGAAUGCAAUGCCUAUCCAGGAUGUAAACGGCCUCCAAAUUGCCAAACAAACUGAUAGAAUCUGCCAAAUAUUGUCCAACCAUAAUGGCUCAGGAAAUGUUGACUCUGCUAUGAAAUCUGCUUCAGUUGAAAUAAAGAUCACUCAAUUGUUGGUGCAAGAAGUUUUGAAGAAGCUCAGCAACGCUGGUUUGUUGGCUUUAUCUUUUUUUAGGUGGGCCGAGAAGCAAAAAGGAAUCAAGCACACCUCAGCGAGCUACAAUACUUUAAUUGAAUCCCUGGGAAAAGUCAAACAGUUUAAAAUGGUAUGGAAACUAGUCGAGGAAAUGAGGCAACAAGGCAUGCUGUCAAAAGACUCUCUUGCCCUAAUUUCACGCCGCUAUGCCCGAGCUCGGAAAGUUAAAGAGGCCAUUGAUGCAUUUGAGAGUAUGGAAAAAUUUGGGCUGAGGCCAGAAUUGCAAGACUAUAACAGAUUGAUUGAUACUUUAUGCAAGUCCAGGCAUCCGGAGAAGGCACAGCAGGUGUUUGACGAAUGGAAGAAUAAAAGGUUUAAGCCUGAUAUUAAGUCAUAUACCAUAUUGUUGGAAGGGUGGGGCCAAGAGCAGAAUUUGUUGAGAUUAAAUGAAGUUUGUCGUGAAAUGAGAGAUGAUGGUUUUGCACCAGAUGUUGUAAGUUAUGGUAUUAUGAUCCAUGCUUAUUGCAAGGCUAAAAACUAUCAUGAAGCAGUUGAAAAGUAUCAUGAAAUGGAGAGGAAGGGCAUUAAAGCAACUCCUCAUAUAUACUGUACUUUGAUCAAUGCUUUGGGAUCAGAGAAAAGGUUGAGUGAGGCCCUCAAGUUUUUUGAACUGGCCAAGACUAGUGGUCAUGCUCUUGAAGCACCCACGUACAAUGCAGUUGUGGGGGCGUAUUGUUGGUCAAUGCGAAUCCAUAAUGCUUACCGGAUUGUUGAUGAGAUGAGGAUAUGUGGUGUUGGUCCUAAUUCACGAACUUAUGAUAUAAUACUUCAUCAUCUUAUUAAGGCUCAUAGAACACAAGAAGCAUAUGCUGUUUUCCAGAAAAUGAAUGAUGAACCAGGAUGCGAGCCAACUAUUAGCACAUAUGAGAUUAUGGUGCGAAUGUUCUGCAAUGAGGAGCGGACAGAUAUGGCUUUGAGGGUGUGGAAUCAGAUGAAGGCUAAGGGAUUCCUUCCUGGGAUGCAUAUGUUCUCAUCAUUGAUUAACAGUUUGUCCCAUGAGAAUAAAUUGGAAGAUGCCUGCAGAUAUUUUCAGCAGAUGUUAGAUAUGGGAAUUAGACCUCCAACUCCAAUGUUUAAGAACUUAAAGCAAGCUCUUCUUGAUGAGGGGAAGGAAGAUACAGUGCUGACAUUGGCAAAAAAACUUGAGAAACUAAGGGUUACGCAAAUAGUCAGUUAAUGACAAGAGAUAUUGACCUUUGUCUUUUGUUCUGGUGUAUUUAGAAUACUUUAAUCUGCCCAUGUUAAUACAAAUUGGAAAUUCUUUUCUUGAUUCCAUUAGAGGUUCUUGCUAUGCACACGGUGGAUGAAAGGUCAAUCCUAUGACAUUAAUUUACUGUUUUGAAAUAGUUGAAGCCCAACGGUACACAUGUUGCAUAAUUA